AGCAUGCAGACGACGUGUGGUUCCGAGACGGAGCAAUUGCCCUUGUGUAUAUAAAGUUACUUAUUUCUCUGUAUAUAUAUAACAUGAGCUCUUGAGAAUUAUCUGUGACUCCAGAUUUUAAGUAACUGAAUACUUAUAAUGGCUAAGCAUAUUGCGCAGUUGAUUGUUGCUGGUGCACAGGUAGUUGGGAGAGCCUUCGUCAAGGCUUUGCGGCAGGAGAUUGCAGCAAGUCAAGCAGCAGCGCAGAGAGCGGGAGGGGGAGCCGCAGGUGCCAAGCAUUCGGCAACCAACCAGAAGCUGGGGAUGAGCCUAGAGGAGGCCAAGCAGAUUCUCAACGUUGAGGAGCUUGACCUUGAGAAGGUGCAGAAGAAUUACGAGUAUCUAUUCAGCAUUAACGACAAAAGCAAAGGCGGAUCCUUCUAUAUUCAGAGCAAGAGGAGGAGCAUGGAGGAGCCUAAGUGCAGCAAGGUUUUCACCUGGGAUAUGGGCAAGGUACCUUUAUCUCAAAGCGCUUGCCCUGCCCUAUCCGUCAGGCACUUUGCCACUGCCUCCCUCACAUGGGACAAUGUGCUGUCUGAGGCAAACCGUAAGCGCUGUGUCUCUUGCAUGGAGAAGAUGAAGAGGCCCAAAAAGUGGAAAUGGGAAACCAGUAGACUAGCCUCUGUCCUGAUUCCUCUUUGCCAUGUAGAGGGAGAGCUGGCUGUGCUUUUUACAGUGAGGUCUGUUCAGCUAAGCAAGCACCGUGGGGAAGUGAGCUUUCCUGGUGGGAUGGCAGACCCUGAUGAUAAAGACGUCAUAGAGACUGCUCUGAGGGAAACAGAAGAAGAAAUUGGCAUAUCAAGAUCACAUAUUGAUGUCUGGGGAGUGAUCCCCGGCUUGCCCAGCAGGGCUCGUGAUACUGCUGUAGAAGUUCUGGCUUACAUUGGGGAGGUCGACUCCAACUCAUUCACAUUAUCAGAGGACGAAGUCGAGUCUGUGUUUGCGGUGACACUCAAAAAUCUUUGUGAUCCCGAAAAUGCAAGGCAGUGCCAAUUCCGCUCUAAGAGUAUAAAAGGCGGUUAUACCAUGCCUGUGUUCCUUGGAUCAGAACCUCGCGUUUGGGGUUUGACUGCCAUUAUUUUGCACAUAGCUCUUCCGCUCCUUCCUGGGCUCUAUAAGAACAAGCUUGUUCAUCUGCCACAAUUGACGGAAUAAAUAGUUGCAUUUGCUCAUUAGGACUCGAAUAGAGUAAUAUAUUUUUAUAAGUUAGAUUUCCUAUAACUAAAUGUUUUGUCAUAUAUUAUGGGUAGAGAUAGAAAUAUUUUAUCCUGAGGUGCUGAUUAUAGAAUGAUUGAAAGUUGAACUUGAAAUCAUGAGAAUGGUGAUAGAUAUAUCUAUGUUUCAAUUUGUCUAGAAUCUUGUUUCUACAUAUGAAACUGUAGAUAGGUAUCUAUCUGUCAAUCUGUCUGUCUGUCUGUCUGUUUAACAGUCUCUCUGUCUAUCUGUCUGUCAGUCUCUCU